AUCCUCCACAAUCUGACUUCUACUUUUCAAAAAUAUAAACAAUAGGAAAAUAUAAAUUGAAUAAAGAUUAACCCUUUCAAAAUAAAAAACCAUUUUUUUCAUAUUUCAUUUCCAAGUUCCAAGCUAAGAUCUGAGCUUCCUCCUUGGAUUAUACCCUGUUUUUAUGAUGGGUGAGUCAGAGGUGAAAAAAUUCAGCCUAAACAUCAACAAGAAUGGAAAAAGUGCGUUCCCUAAGGCACUGGAUCCUGCAAUAUCUACUUUUUUUGUUCAGAUCCCCAACAAGCUUCAGAAUGUUCUUAAGUCACAGCUGAGUAGAUUAGCAAAGAGGGAUGGAAUGAACUCGACGAGAUCUGUCCAGAAUAAUGGGUACAAGUCUUUUAGUGCCUCUGAAGCUGAACUGAAUGAGCAACUGCAAUUGUGGAGAGAAAACCCUUCUUGGGUUGAUAGGGCACCUGAGAUAAAGGUGACUGUUCCAAAAGGCUCUCUUUGCAACCUCAACGUAGAAGUUGAUGUUGGUUUGCCACCUGAUGCAGUGUAUAAUAUAGUAACAGAUCCUGAUAAUAGGAGAGUUUUCAAAAAUAUCAAAGAAGUGAUAUCCAGAGAAGUUUUAGUUGAUGAGGGUCAUAGGCAAGUGGUUCAACUAGAACAAGCAGCCAUAUGGAGAUUUCUGUGGUGGUCCGGGACCAUUGCGAUUAAUGUCUUGGUAGAUCAAAACAGAAAUGACCACUCUAUGAAGUUCAAGCAAAUCAAAACAGGAUUCAUGAAAAAAUUUGAGGGCUGUUGGAGAGUAGAGCCAUUACUUGUUGAUGAAGGAAUAUGUUUUCCAUUUAAACCACUGACAAAAGAAGACUACAAAUCAUGCACAAGAGGCAAAGGAAGAGUAGGGUCUAAAGUGACCCUGCAACAAAUACUUCAACCAGCCAUUGUUCCUCCACCUCCUAUAUCAUGGUAUCUGAGGGGAAUCACAACCCGGACGACUGAGAUGCUUAUACAUGAUCUUCUUGCGGAAGCUGCGAGAAUUAGAGGAAAUGAGGCCAAAAAGUCUAAGGGAAAACCUGGGAAAAGUUUAGACCUUGUUUCUGACACAAAAGACAUUAAAGAAAGAUGGAUUUUACAUAGAAAAAAUGCAAAGCAAAACAAUAGGAGGCUGCUGGCUGCUAAAUGAUUUUCCAUGUAUUAGAUUCUUUCUUUUUUUUUUCUUUUUUAUAAUUUAAAGAAAACUAUCUAGAUUUCUCUAUAUUAGUUUAGUUUACAUGUCUUGAUAGACAACUAUUUUGAUGCAUCAUCACACUAGCUUUCAAAACAAUGUCCAAAUUCUUUUUGAAAAAGAUAAAUUCAAUGUAUCAUGUAUUCAAUAAUCAAUUAAUGAAUUAAUGUCAUAAGUGUUUA